AUGUCAUCAAAAUUGAAAGAUUUAGCGGACAAAGUUCGAGGAUGGAAACUCGUCCAAAAGGCUUUACCACGGAUCAUCGAAUACGGCCGAGCGGAAGGGAUCCUACAAACUCCAGCUCCACAAGCCAACGCACUCAACAUCAGCGGUGUUGUUUUGGCCGCACAAGAAGAGGCACAUACGCAAAAAGAGACGAAAACUGGUGACAAGGUGAGCACUUCAAAUAUUUUCCCACUUUCCGCGUCUUCGAUCUUUUUUGCUUCAUAUACGACUUCAGAAGUACGGGAAGAGAAACUAAUUAAGGUAAAUUUGCCGACGAAUGAUAUCACAAUGAUGCACGAGGCAAUUCCCUUUCUGCCAGUACCCGUAGCCUUGCUGUGCUUUCUCCUGAAUAUUUUUCUACCCGGAACAGGGACUAUAUUGUCUGGGAUAUCAGCCUUAUGCAUGGGCCAGCCACGAGUGAACCUAAAGGAAGGACGCAAAUUGGUUACUUUGGUAGUAAAUUUGCUUGUUGGAGUGAGUCAAUUCUUCACCAUCACAUUUCUGUUCGUUGGAUGGUUUUGGUCAAUCGCAUGGGGAGGACUGCUCAUCAUUCACUCAAUGCAAUAUCGGGAGGCUCUACAGCAACGUCGCCAAGAAGCAGUGGCAACGGCAGCUAUCGAAGCGCUCACAAAAGAUUCAAUUCUUCACCGACGAGACGUCAAGACACUUGUCAAAACUCACAAACAACAGGCAAAGGAUAAAAGAACGGCUAUAUCUGAUUCAAAAAAGAAAGGGGCUAAGUAA